GAUAAACAACGAGCCCUAGAAGAAACCAAAGCGUAUACAACUCAGUCUUUAGCUAGUGUAGCUUAUUUGAUCAACACCUUGGCCAACAAUGUUCUCCAAAUGCUGGAUAUACAGGCGUCCCAACUUAGGCGCAUGGAAUCUUCAAUCAACCACAUUUCACAAACAGUUGACAUACAUAAAGAGAAAGUGGCUAGAAGAGAAAUUGGUAUCUUGACUACGAACAAAAAUACAUCACGAACUCACAAAAUCAUUGCACCUGCCAACCUGGAGCGACCAGUUCGUUAUAUUAGAAAACCUAUUGAUUAUACAAUUCUAGAUGAUAUUGGACAUGGUGUAAAGUGGUUGCUUAGAUUUAAGGUUAGUACACAGAAUAUGAAAAUGGGUGGUCUGCCUCGUACUACACCACCCACCCAGAAACCACCCAGCCCACCAAUGUCAGGGAAAGGAACCAUUGGGCGUCACUCUCCCUAUCGCACACUGGAGCCAGUGCGUCCUCCAGUGGUACCAAAUGACUAUGUACCUAGCCCUACCCGUAAUAUGGCUCCCUCGCAACAGAGCCCUGUUAGAACAGCUUCUGUGAAUCAGAGGAAUCGCACUUACAGCAGUGGGAGCAGUGGAGGGAGCCACCCCAGCAGUAGGAGCAGCAGUCGAGAGAACAGUGGAAGUGGAAGUGUGGGCGUCCCUAUCGCUGUUCCCACACCGUCUCCUCCCAGUGUGUAUCCAGCCCCUGCCAGCUCUGCUGGCACUUCUCCCCUUCCUGCUACAUCUGCCCCUGCUCCUACUUCUCUCACUCCUGCUACUUCUGCCCCAUCCUCUGCUGCCCCAGAUGCUGCUGCUGCUGCAGGGGCUCAGCCCCUUGCGGAUGGUUUCACCUCUCCAACUCCCCCUGCUGCUUCUUCUGCUCCUUCUGCAGGUCAUCCUGUUCAGUUCUAUAGCAUGAACAGACCAGUUGCUCGACAUACCCCUCCAGCAAUAGGGGGUUCUUUGCCAUACAGGCGCCCUCCUUCCAUCACUUCACAGAACAGCCUUCAAAACCAGGUGAAUGGAGGACCAUUUUAUAGCCAGAAUCCAGUGUCUCUUGCACCACCACCUCCUUCCAUUCUGCAGGUAACUCCCCAGUUACCACUAAUGGGAUUUGUGGCCAGAGUUCAGGAAAAUAUUUCAGAUACACCUCCGCCCCCACCUCCUGUAGAUGAACCAGUCUUUGAUGAAUCCCCACCUCCACCUCCUCCUCCAGAAGAUUACGAAGAAGAAGAAGCAGCUGUGGUGGAAUACAGUGACCCUUAUGCUGAAGAAGAUCCACCAUGGGCACCAAGGAUCUACUUGGAGAAAGUUGUGGCAAUCUAUGACUACACUAAAGACAAGGAGGAUGAACUCUCCUUCCAGGAAGGUGCCAUCAUCUAUGUCAUUAAGAAGAAUGAUGAUGGCUGGUAUGAGGGUGUCAUGAAUGGAGUAACAGGACUCUUCCCGGGAAACUAUGUGGAGUCCAUCAUGCACUACUCCGAGUGAGGACCGUCAGGGCAAGAGGCCGAACUGCCCCUUGCUUGCCAAGAGAUUGUGGAGCUCCCCAGAUCUUCACCAGCACCUGGGGGGACCCAGACAAGUGCAUGGAAGGAAGGAAGGAGGGACAGAAGGAAGGAAGGAUCAUUGUAACAAACCACUCCUUAUUUUUCUUUUGUUUUGCUCCCCCUCCCCUUUUAUAAAAUAGUGAUCUGAGUUUUGAAGAAAUGGCUCUUCCAUUUGCCAGCAGUGACUGAGUUGAGCUGAGUGACAGAUUUGAAUAAGCUGACAUAUUCAGGUGUAGAUAAAUGAGAUGUAAUGAAUUUGCCAAUUAACAGAUCCAUUGUUCAAAUGUGACCCAUUCAAUCAAGACAUGGGAUUUUUCUCAGGAAUAAUGCAAGCCCUGGUGUUGGGGCAUCCUGAAUGCCAGUGCUUAAGGACUGGCUUCAACAGGCCACCCACCUCUUCUCCUUCACCCCACCUCCCUAUUCCACACACCCCUAACUAUUGAAAAAAUAAUGUGCUGGCAAACAUUUUGGGUUCACAUACCAACUGGAUCUCAGGUUGGUUCCUUGCAUCUCUGACCCAAAUACUUUUGCAAUUGUUCAGCACAUGUAGCCUGAUUUGGACGUGCAAGGAGCUGGUUUCAAAUCACCUUCCUCUGAAUUUUGAUAAUGUAUGAACAUCUAGCAUCAAAAGAUGGUCUCCCCAUUAUACUGAUCCAUAUAAAAGCCAGAAGCUUGGUCUCUUUCAUAUGGUUGUUUCUGAACUGUUGGACAGACCU